AUGGAGAUGCCAAAGCGAAACUGCCGUCGCCGCCCUGCUUUGGCCGCUUGUGUCGUACUCGGCCUCAAUGCGCUGUUUCCUCUCGGAGAUGCCAUUUCCAUUUUCGGAAAUGCAGGGUUUUUUCAGCAAGGUCUCUUUGAGGCUUUCUCCAGCCAGCGGAAGAUCAAGCGCUGCAUCAUGCUCAGGAAGGAAACCUUGUGUCAGAGUGUGGCACGCGGGGAGCCGGUACGGCGCUUCGUCUUCCAGGCUCCUGAGAUGGUGAAUAUCAGCACAGGGCUUCGUCAGGUGGUUGUGGUGCUGGGUCCUGGCCCGGGUGCUUUGCCAAUCCCACGAAUGUAUUCACCUACCUCGGAGCCUCGGUCUGACGGCACCUUCGAUCUCGUCGUCCGUGUCUACCGCCAAGGGCAGGUGUCCCGUUGGCUGGAUUCCUUGAAGCCCGGCGACUCUGUCAGCAUGAUGUGGCCCCACCCUUCGCCUUUGCCAGCAGACCGGCGGAAUCCUGGCCGACGCGUUGGUUUGAUUGCGUUUGGUAUCGGCAUCACGGAGCUGUACCGGACCGCAGUGCAAGAGCUGGCGGAUCCCAAUGUGAAAGAAGUGGUUCUCCUCUACGCCACACGAACUAUGGAGGAGCAACAGGUCUUGCAGCCCGAGAUACAAGCUUUGGCAAAGAAGGAGUCUCGAUUCCGGCUGGAUCGAAUUCUGUCACAGGAAAGCCACCCAGAUUGCAGGCACGGGCGGGUGGACUCGUCCGUUCUGGAAGAGGUGUUUCCUUGGUCGCAAGACGCAAACUUGCGUGCGGAAGCCCGCUUCGUGUCUGCUGGAUCGCAAGAGAUGAUGAAGCACGCUCAUGACUUACUUGCUGCACUCGGCUACGAUCCUCGGAGCUACAAGCUCAUUCGUGAUGCCAGCUUGUCGUCUGUCUUCCAGCUGUUUGCAAGAUAG